AUGAGACCUGAUAUGCUAGAAAGUUGGAUUUCCUGGCGUAUAGGAUAUGAUGGCCGAGGCAUCCAAAUUUCUGGUCGUGGGUUGUAUACUAUUUUUCUUGCUCUCCACCCGAAAAUACGCAACUCCGGGGAAGGGGUUUUGCAAAACCGAGGCGAAGCCGAGGUGAAGCCGAGGCUUUGCUGGUCGGGGCGGACAAAAAAAAAGUAA